AUGCCGCUCUUUGCGCCACUUCGCAUGCCCUUCAAGCGCAGGCUGCAAACGCUUGCCGUUCUCACUUGGAUCUCGGCCAUUGCCGUGUCUCUCACCCUGUUCUUCUUCCUCUGCACUUACAAGUACCUUUGGCCACUCGUCAUCGCCUAUCUCUCUUGGGUCCUCAUGAUUGAUAAGGCACCGGAAAGGGGUGGAAGGCGAAUUCAAUGGUUGCGUAACCGGAGACUCUGGAGACACUUUGCAGAGUACUACCCUAUGACGCUCAUCAAGGAGGGAGACCUGGAUCCAUCCAAGAACUAUAUCUUUGGGUACCACCCUCAUGGGAUCAUCUCAAUGGGAGCCUUCUGCACCUUUGCCACGGAGGGCCUCAACUUUUCAAAGCGUUUCCCAGGCAUUAAGCCCCGCCUGAUGACGCUGCAGACCAACUUCAACAUCCCCUUUUACCGUGACUAUAUCUUGGCCCAUGGAUGUGCUUCUGUCUCCAGACAGUCGUGCGAAUACAACCUUCGAUCCGGUCCAGGCAACUCGAUUGUCAUUGUUGUCGGCGGCGCACAGGAGAGUUUAGCUUCGAAGCCUGGCACUCUGGACUUGACCCUCAAGAAGCGUCUUGGAUUCAUUAAGCUGGCCCUUGUCAACGGAGCGAGCUUGGUCCCAACGCUGGCGUUUGGCGAAAACGACCUCUACGAGAUUUUCAGCAACACCCGCACUAGCAAAACCUACCGGUUCCAGCAACUCGUCAAGAACACCUUCGGAUUCACCUUCCCCAUGUUCAACGGACGCGGUAUCUUUCAAUACGAUUAUGGAUUGUUACCAAGGCGGAAACCAGUGUAUAUUGUUGUUGGCAAACCCAUUCAUGUGGAAAAGGUCGAGGGCAGCCCUACGUCGGAGCAGUUGCAUGAGCUUCAGAAGCAGUACAUCGAUGCAGUUUUGGCCAUCUGGGAGCGCUAUAAAGACAAGUACGCUGCUGGACGCACCCAGGAACUUCGUAUCAUCGAGUAG